UUUUCAUUAUAUUCUCAUCUCAUUCAGGUACUUGAGAGUCAUCUAAAUCAAAGAAAGUUCCUCGUAGCGAAGGAGACACCAGAAUGUCCAGCUGUUCCGUUGGAGCGCUGCAUCUUCGAGAUGAACCUGGAGGCCAGCGGUUUCGGAUAUGGACUUCCGGCAAGAAUGGCCAUUCAGAUCGUCAAUCCCGUGUCGAACAUUUCGGACGAAGAUGCUGUGUUCUUCGACCGGGGAAGCGCGAAAUCAUUUAGUGCCAGGAGCAACUCCGUUCAGUUCCCUGUUGUCUUCAAUUCCAAUGUUACCAUGCAGUAUACUCGAUCCUACGGUACUCCGAAACUAAUCGUUCUUGUGCUCUUCCUCGAUGGUAAGUAUUGGCUCGGCGUCGGGUUAAGCUGA